AUGUGUGGAUCUAAGCCAACAAAUGGCAUCUUUUUUUUGGGUCCUCAUCCCAUAAGAACCUAUUGGCCAUUUGUGUGCUGCAAUUUUCGACAUUUACUCGCCGCCGAUCUGCUUGCUUCUAACUUUACCUCUCUGACGAAGGAAGAGCUUGUUUUCAGUACUACUUUGAGGUCAGUUAGGUUUCUGUUACAGAGUGUUUGA